UUCUAUUAGUCCUUACCGACACAACUUAUAUGGAGCACUCCGUUGCUGACGAGCCUUUAGCGGGAGUAUGCGAGCCUUGCAGGGAGUAUAAGAACACUUGCGGCCCUCGACCCUGUGUUUGUGCUUCCACCAGCAUCUCCCAUCCCUUUUUUGAUAGAAAAAAAAAAGUCGAGCUCUUUCUUUAGCUCCUCAAAUUCACUCACGCUUUCAUUCGUGAGCUUACUACCAGAAUGUCGGACCUCAAGGCUACUGUGGCGGAAACGUCCAAUGGCUUCCAUGUCGAGGGCUACGAGAAGAUCGAAUACGAUUUUACUUUCAUUGACAGCGUCUUUGACCCACGCAAGCCGGAUCUUGCAAAGUGCUACGAACGAUGGGGGCGAGCUCUCGCGGUCAUGGACACCAACAUCUUCAAUGUCUACGGCGAGCAGAUGCAGCGCUACUUCGAUCACCACAAGAUUGAGCUUCAGGUCCACAAGACCAUGAUUGGCGAGAAAGCCAAGAGCAUCGACACCUUCUUGAGCAUUGUCGACUCGAUGACCAAGUUCGGUAUCUACAGAAAGGAGCCGGUCCUUGUCAUUGGAGGUGGCUUGGUCACCGAUGUUGCUGGAUUCGCUUGUGCUGCAUACCGUCGAAACACCAACUUCAUCAGAAUCCCGACCACUGUCAUUGGCCUGAUCGAUGCGUCCGUAUCGAUCAAGGUCGCCGUGAACUACGGCAACUACAAGAACCGUCUGGGAGCAUACCACGCGCCUAUCCACACCUUUCUAGACUUCACCUUCCUCCGCACUUUGCCAGAGGCACAGAUUCGGAACGGCUUUGCAGAGCUGAUCAAGAUCUCUUCUUGUGCACAUCUGCCCACGUUCGACUUGCUGGACAAGUAUGCUGAGCAGAUUAUCAAGACGGGCUUUGGUCGCUCUGAUGAUGCCACCGAGGAGGUCACCAAGGCCUGCGACGAGAUCAACCGAGCAGGUAUUCAUGAGAUGCUCAAGCUCGAGACACCAAACCUGCACGAGAUUGGACUGGAUCGUGUCAUUGCUUACGGUCACACCUGGUCACCACUUCACGAGCUGGUCCCCGAUGUACCACUUCGCCAUGGCCACGCCAUUUCCAUCGAUAUGGCGUACUCGGCCACCCUCGCACACAUGCGUGGUAACCUCCCCGACGGGGAUUAUAAGCGCCUGCUCGACCUUUUCUCUCGCGUCGGUCUCUCCAUGGACCACGAGGACUUCAACGAGGACAUACUCGACAAGGCUACCACUGCCAUUCUGAAGACUCGCGAUGGCAAGCUUCGAGCUGCCAUUCCCAGCCCACUGGGAAGCUGUGUCUUUUUGAACGAUGUGGAGCAGUCGGAGAUGAAUGAGGCACUACGAAAGCACAAGGAGAUGUGCAAGACAUACCCACGCAAUGGACUGGGCAUCGAGGCAUUCGUCGACUCAAGUGACACGGGCUACACUUUGAACAACAAGGCAGUCGAUGCGACGGCUGGUACCAAUGGCCAUGCCAACGGUUCCAGCGCAGGUCUCAAGAAGAUCCAUGUCAUCAACGACGACACCAAGCAGGCCACCACCAACGGCAGCAAUGGUCACGCCAAUGGAAACGGCGUAGCUGUCAAUGGCGUCAAGGCAGCGAAGAAAGCAGCUUCCGGACCAGAGGGCGUCGAUGGUCUCCAGACCAACGGUGUUCAAAACGGAACCAACGGGCACCUUGUCAAUGGCACAAGCUGAAAAGAAAAAAUUAUUGAUAUAGAUAAUGAUAGAUAAAGUUACAAUAAAUACGUCUUGGGACCGUGGGACGUGCCUAGGUUGCCAAGCUUGAUAUGAAGA